GGAAUCUGUGGGUCUAGAUCUCAUCCGCAGUCCGCUUGAGGGGUUAGGGCCAUGCCAGGACCCAGCAGGAACCCCAGGGUGAGCAUCAGUUGGUUGCCAUCGACGGAGCUCCUUCCAGAUUUCCUGCAAGGUGGGCAGGAGUCAGAUAUAGUUAUUGCCAAUGACUAAGCCAAUACCACUCACACUGCUGUAAUCAAUAAAGUUUUGCCCUAAAGUUUUGCCCAUUAACCUUAAUCUAAAAUUCUGUUUCAGUGUAUAUUUAUUUAUCCUUGGGGAUGCUCUGGGGUCUUGAUGCGCAAUUGGGAUUAAAUGGAAGCCUGAAGAUAACUUCCUUUUGAGUUCCUAGCAGAACUGGCCAUUACUGGAUUAUCCUUUGUAAGCAGCAAUGUGAGUGAGCAGAGCUCAGGUGUAUGCCAGCACCCCAUUACGCUGUCUGCUGCUGGCUGAUGUCUAAGUUUGAGCAGACCAUGUACCUGUCAAUCACCUGAUCUUUUAAUUUAAAUUAUUAUCACUUUGUCUGUGAGAGUUUCCAGUAGGGAACAGACAGACACAACUAAAGAAAGCCUUUCAGGUGCGGGCUUCUUAACUCCUGCUAAGCAGCAGUGAUGCAAUUGAGUGGAGGUCAAUUGAGAGCCACUGCACUACUAUAAUGUCUAUUACUGCCAUUGGGUGCACCCAGUUCCCCAACCUUCAUAUGUAAGCUCUAAUGCACAAGAUGGAAGAGCACCCUUCAUAUGAAGGGCAACCUAAGUUCCUUCAGCUGAACACUUAUGGAAGCUCAAAAUAGAAGUUGAUGAUCAGAAAGUAGAAGUAGAAGUUGAUGAUCAGAAAGAAUUUGCCAGUGUUGCAAACAGAUGAGGUGGGGGGAGAGGACAAUAAAAAUAGUUGUGAUGUUACGUAUAUGAAAUUUAGGUAUGCAUGACAAGGAAAAAAAUGAAAAAGUAUCCUUGCAUACUAGAAGUCAAUUAAUUUUUGGAGCCUUUUUCAUCUUCUUUGUACAAUAUUGUGCCUCAAGGGGCAUCCUUCAGCAAAUAUAAAUUAAUUCAAGUGGCACCAACAUGGGGAGAGCACAAACUUCCCUGGAGCAAAGAUUCUCAAGAGAUUUUGCAAUGACAUCUUUGUUUGCAUAUCUGAGAACAAGUAAAUCUGGGGAAGGCAGUUUGCUGAUAUUAUACUGAUGUGUGUGUUUUGGAUUUUUGUUGUCCAUGAAACAUUGCCACUUCUUUUCAUUUACACAUCGUGUACAUUUCACUGGCAGAAAUUAAUGAAUGAGACAACCUUAGCAUACAAGGAUUGGGUGGAAAUACUCUGAUGCGAUAUCACUAUUCUCCUGAUUGUCUUGCUUUUCACAUAUAUUGAGGAGCAACUGGGGCAGAACUGGGCUGGCUAGGUUGAGUUUUUCAUCUGCUCAGUUCCCUUUGUGUCCUUCGCUUUCUGGAUUGAUCCAGCAGGCUCUUAUAUUCUUAUGCAUAUUAAAAGAACUAGUAGGGAAAUGGACAACAUUUGUUUUACACAGCAUCAUGGGACUGGUAUGUUCUCCCAAGAGAGAACCAGAAAUAGCACAGGAAAGGAGGAUGGCAUCACCUUCUCCACCUCCUCCUGACAAGCCAUGUACCUUCAAAUAAAUAUCACCGCCAAGCACAUUGGCACUCUAAUCUGAGAGAAACAGUGGUGAGUAUAAUCCUUGUUGAUCUCUUUAAAGAGAAUGAAGGGACUCAAGGAUGCUCGAGCUUUCAAUUCUGAAAAGAUUGCAAAAUGACUGAUGUAGUAGUUGGUGUAAAGUGGACUUAUUUUUUUAAAAAAAUUAUCAUUUCUUUUAUAUAUAGGAGAAGGCAACAGAACACUUGGAAAAACUGUGCAGAGAUAUAUUUCACACUGGAAUAUGGACAACUGACAUUUGACAACUGACAAGAAAUAUGAUAAUGGAGUAAGUUCAAGUGCUACCAUAACUCUCUCUUGUUCACAGCAACAAUGGUGGUAAGCAGAUACUCCGGAAUUCUUCAGUAACUAUGGCAUUUCCGACAAUGGGAAGCUUUUAAUGAUUCAGGGCGCAGUCUUUAUCUUGUCAGCUCAUUAGAUUGGCUGGUUAAACAAAUUACCUACUGCAUAUGACAGAAAUUAAUUGAGAGAUGGAUGCUUCUGGGUUAUCUUUUCCAAAAAAUUUAAAUGAAAUAAAUAAUAAUAUAUGGUAAUACGAUCACUAGAAUAGAAAUUACUUAUCCAAAUGGAAUUUGUUUUGUCUUUUUUGAAUAGGAUAGAAAUUAAUAUGAUUCUGCCUGCACAUUGAGAAGUAUAGCCAUUUUUUGAGUGUUUCCAUGGGCCAUGUUACUAGAAAUAAAUAAAAUUAUGUUUUGGAUUUUUUUCAAUUCUCCUUGCAGGUUGUUGAAAUCUUUGCUGUUUCAGUAUUCUAGCAAUCAGUCUUCAUUCCUGAAACUUCAUUCAGGUUGAUUCUUCACUGCUCUUAGGUAAUAUGUGAAUUGCUAUGCUGUUGUUCAAUUGAAAAAAAUGGAGAGCACCUUUCAAAAGACAUACACUUGGAUGAUAGUUUGUUGUCAUAUAUUUUUGAUGGAAAACCUCCAAAUAUUUGAGAACUGACAAUUUUUUAUUCCAAUAUACUUGAAGAAAGCUUCCAUUUCCAUGUUUUACAUUACUAAAGUAUUUAGCAAGAAAUAGAAAAGCCUCACUGAGAAUACACAUAAUACAAUCUUUCAAAAUAUCCACAGUGAUUUCAUUUUUUUGUUUUAUAUGAAAUUUCAGAUAAACUUUCUAGAAUGGUGGUUCCUUUACCCCAUCUAGUUAAUUCAGUGUGAUCUCUCUCUCUCUCCCCCCCCCCCCCAAUGUUACAUGUUUCAUAAAAAUGGUUUAUGUACAUUUGAUGGCAAAAUGGAAGACUUCUGUAAAAACUGCACCAUUUACAUCAUGUGGCACACGGCUUAGAAAGUAUAUGUAUGUACCCAGUCUCUGUUGCCUUUCCCCCAGUCUUUGAGGGUGGAUAAAUCAUAUUAGCUGAAGAUAUGUGAGUGCACAUACUAUCCCCAUGAGGCUUCAUGUCAUAUCAGAAUGAAAGAACACAUCAGCAGUUAAUAGUGUGCAUACAUGGUUCUUGAUGUGGAUAAAUGUGUUGUUGUGAACUAGCGCAAUAUCUAAGAUGAUAAUUUAAAAAAUUAGAAUGUCCAAAAAUUGGUAAGCUCCACUAACGCACAACUAUUUAACUUCUAUCUGCAGAAGGACAGAAAUGAGAGAAAUGGCUAACCAAUCUACUCCAACAGAGUUCCAUCUCAUGGGGUUUUCUGAAACUCGUGAUAUGCAGAUUUUGCAUUCUGCAAUAUUUCUCUUCAUUUACUUAACAGCUUUAGUGGGAAAUUCUCUCAUCAUCACAGCUGUGGCCCUAGACCGCCACCUUCACAGCCCGAUGUACUUCUUUUUGAUCAACCUGUCAUUGCUUGAUGUUUGCUCCAUUUCCACUACUGUACCCAAAUCCAUCACCAUUUCAUUGACAAACAACAACAUGAUUUCUUUUGCCGGAUGUGUCACACAGGUCUUCUUAGUGGUCACAUUUGUUGGUGGUGAACUUGCUUUGCUCACUGUUAUGGCUUAUGACCGUUUUGUAGCCAUCUGUCACCCACUACAAUAUACCUUAAUCAUGAAUUGGGAUGCCUGCAUGCAAAUGGUAGCUGCUUCCUGGAUAAGCAACCUGAUUCAUGCAGUAUUGGAAACCAGUUUUACUUUCGUGCUAAAUUUCUGUGGGACCAAUAUCAUUGAGCAAUAUUUUUGUGACAUUCCUCAAUUGCAAAAGAUUUCUUGCAGUGAUACAAACAUGAAUCAAGUUCUGAUUUUUGUCCUUGGGUUUUUUAUUGACUCUUUUUGUUUUGCAUUUAUCUUUGCUUCCUAUGGCUACAUCUUCUCUGCUGUGCUGAGGAUCCCAUCAGUCCAAGGCAGAUAUAAAGCUUUCUCUACCUGCACUCCUCACCUGACUGUCUUUUCUUUAUUCAUCACCACAGGUGUGUUUUCAUACAUGAGGCCAAAAGCACUUUCUUCCCCCACAGUGGACUUGGUAUCUGCUGUGUUAUAUACAGUUUUGCCACCAGUUCUUAAUCCCAUUAUUUAUAGCCUUAGGAACAAGGACAUCCAACUGGCAGUCUGGCAAAUACCCAGAAAACUGAAACAUCUCAUUGCAUGAUUCAUCACUUCCAGAUUUUUGGAAAAAUGGAAACACUUAAUGUAUAUCUGAGGUUGAAUUUAGGAAAUUAACUGUAUUUCUUCACCUUUGAAAUAGAGGAUUUCAUAAUAUUAACUAUUUAUCAUAUUAAAAGGCUCCUUGCCAUUUUCACAAAUUUAGUGACAGAGAAUAUGUCGAUCUUAUUAUUUCUUCAGUUAUGGGCCAUUAUUGCUGCUUCUACAGUGUUGCAGAGAACUAUCUUGAUUGUAUCUUAUGUAGACAUUUUCGAAAGAAUUAUGUUUUUGUGUUGUUACUCACAAAUCUGACUCUCUUAAAAUUGAAGCCCUGGUAUUUGCUUUAAGAUAUGCUUGUCUAGGUUCUCGUUAAACAUAGUGAAUGUAUGACAGAGGGUGCUGUAGAUUAACAAUACAAAUAAUAAAUAGUUAUUGGGUGAAAACUGUUACCCCUACAAAGCUGCAAUAUCCAGAUUUCCUGGGGAGGGGGUUGAAUGUUAAAGCACUUUGAGAAUGCCAAGGUGGGAAUGGAGGGAACAGAAGGAUCUGUGAUUCUCCAUCUGGUAUAUAUGCAUGUGGGGGCGUGGGGAUUGGAUUCUUGGACAUGGCUUAGGGUAAAUAAAAACAAAAACCCAUAAGCAUGUUGGUGGAAUGAAUUGAAAUAGAUGUGAUACACAAUUUACAUUACAAAUUCUUUUUUAUUAGUUUUUAUUGAUUUUAACAUUUUUAUCUUGAUCACAGUAACAUAAUCUCAAAUAUAAAGACAAACCCAAAUACCCCCCUCCCCCCAUGACUUCACUCAACUUCCUCUUCUGGUUUGUUGCAUAAUAAUUUCCCUGCUUUUUUGGGUUGUAUCUUAAUACCGUGGUACCUCGGCUUACGAACUUAAUCCAUUCUGGAAGUCCAUUCUUAAACCCAAGCCUACUUAAACCAAGGCUUGCUUUCCCAUUGAAAGUAAUGGGAAAUGGAUUAAUCCAUUCCACACGAUGAAAAACAACCCCUAAAACAGCAAUUCAACAAUAAUUUUACUGUCUAACGAGACCAUUGAUCCAUAAAAAGAAAGCAAUGGACCAGGCUGCAAUCUACUACCCAGUAUAAAAGCCCUUACCCUGACGAUGCCAUCCUGUGCCCUGUGAGGGAAUGCUUUGGCAGUUACUCCUGGGGACAAGCUGCAGCAGCGGCGGUGGCAGAGGGACCCUGCGCCGGCCUCAGCAGCGUCACCCAGAAGCAGAGAAGCAGGUCCUUGAUGCUGCAGUUAUGAGUGUGACAGAGUAAACCCAUAUUGUUCGAGUGGUAGUAAGUGCUGGGCUGCAAGUGUGAAAAUGCAUCUGGUUUCUGGGGACCUCUCUGGGGGUGGGGGGAGAGACACUCUUACUGUUGAGUGUUUAAUCAAAUCCUGCUAGUGAGUUCAUUUCUUUACAGUUUUUCUGUGAAUACAUCACAAAUGGUUCCCACUCCUUUUUAAAGUAUCUAUUGUCUUUGUCUCUUAAUCUCUCAAUUUGGCCAUUUCAGCAUAGUCCAUGAGUUUAUCUUUAGUUGGUAUCUUGUCACUGUUCCACUUUUGACUAGGAGUAUCCUAGCCACUGUUGUAGCAUACAUGAAGAUUAAAUUCUUCUCUUUCGGCAGAUCUCGACCUAUAAUGCCUUGUAAAAAAGCUUCUGGACUUUUGACAAAGGUUACAAAUUCUAAUGCAAAUGUAACACCCCCGCAUACCAGAGAAUGGAAUACAAUUCAGUUUUGCAUCCCUUAUCAGUUCUUCUUUCACAUCCAACUGCUUUCUUUGCAACAAUGUACAAGCAAAAUAAAUACAAAAGGACAAAACAAAUCCCCAGUGUAUUUCAUUGUACAGUGGUACCUCUGGUUAAGAACUUAAUUUGUUCGGGAGGUCUGUUCUUAACCUGAAACUGUUCUUAACCUGAGGUACCACUUUAGCUAAUGGGGCCUCCCGCUGCUGCCCAAUUUCUGUUCUCAUCCUGAGGGAAAGUUCUUAACCUGAGAUACUACUUCCGGGUUAGUGGAGUCUGUAACCUGAAGUGUCUGUAACCCAAGGUGUCUGUAACCCGAGGUACCACUGUAUCUCACUGAGCAUCCUUUACCUAAAAUAAAUUCAAAUGACAACCCUUUUGUUUGUAAUUUUAUAUCCAAACUUGACUUUUCACUUGAAACAUUCUGAAUAUUUUGGUUGUAGAAAUGAAUAAGUGAAAGGACCUUGACUAAUUAAUAGUCCAGAAAUGAUAGCAUGAAUAGUAUUUUCAUCAUCCACAGGUGCAUAGCUGGACUCAUCCCCCGCUCCCCCAUGGGGUUUAAAUGGAAAACUUCUUAUGAGAAAGUCCCUCCUCUUCCCGGAGGGGAGCAGUUGUGAGCAGGAAUCGCUUCCCAUGCUCGCAGGGAGGGGCGUGGCCCCUGCAUCACUGGAGUCCUGGGCCCACGUCAUGCACCCCAGCCAUCCAAUCUUACUGGCUGGGGGCGUGGUUUAGCAGUUUUAAAAUGGUCACGAGCCCACAAGGUCUUCCUUGUUGUUCUGGCUUCCUCAGAUCACCCUCCCUCCCUCUAGAUUCCGCUUCAGCACCUGACCUCGCUAUGGACCUAGGUUGGUCGCCUUGGUUGUCCAAGGGGACUGGUAGGAAUUGUUUUCCACUUGGCAGAUUGGCACCAGCCACCUGGUUUUUUGCCUACCUCAUAACAAAUCGUCACAAUUUUGUAAGGUUUGGUGGUUAGGGAUUGGAAAUGCGUUGUGUGUUAGAGGGGAGGUUGUUGCCAUCACCUACCCCUCCCUUUGAAGGGUAUUCUGUUAAAGGAAUCUGGUGGUCGUGGUUCUUGUACCACACCCAGGUGGUGGCUAGGGCCACGGCACGACCCUCCGGUGACUCUAGGGGAAAGCUUCCAGUUGAUUUCCAUCAACAAGCUCUCUCUACUGGUUGUUAACCCUUGUGUGACUUCCUGCAAAGCGGGCAGGAGUCAAGUAUAGUCUGUUCGGAUCCAAUGCCUAAGCCAAUACCACUCACAUUCUGUAACCAAUAAAGUUGUGGCCUUUUUUAGCCCAUUAACCUAAAAUACUUGUCUCCGUGAGUCUUAUUUCAUCACAAAGCGGGGAGUGGGGCCUCGACUCACAAAUCAUGCUUUUUUGGAUAGAGCAAUUGGGACAGAACUGGGCAGGCUAUGUUAAGGCCUUUUCUUCCAGGACUUUGCCCAUGAUGGCAUAUUGUGGUUCAAGGACCCGAACCCCGCGCAGUGGAAUGAAACACAAGGACACGUGAUAUAAGGUUAAUGGGCAAGAAAAGGCCACAACUGUAUUGAUUACAGCAGUGAAAAGGUAUUGGCUUAGGCAUUGGAUGUCUAAAACAAGGGGGUUUAUUCACCAGUAGAUGGAGCCUGUUGAUGCUAAUCCAACUAUAGGCUCUCCCCUGAUGUCACCGAGGGUCGUGCCAUGUCCUCCCGCCAAGCAGGCAUCGGACAGAAUACACGACCGCCGGAUUCCUUUAACGGAAUACCCAAAAAUUGAAGGCGCAGGCGAUGGCCACACCUAGCCCUUCGACACCACAACACAUUAUUCACAACACAUUAUACACUCGCGACGGGACUACAAAGGUGAGGGCUGGAGGCUGUCGCCACAGCAAUACAGGCUGCUGUACACACCCCCUUGAAGGCACCUGGUUGGGUGCCUGGCCGAGGGCGUGGGCACCAGCCAGGUGGGUGGGAGGCAGGGGGCAAAUGCCCCCUGCUUGAGGCGGAGUCCGGCUCCUGACCACAACCACUCCCCUCUCUUGCAGGGAGGAGAGUCUUCAUUGAAGCAAUGAAGAGCAUGACUGCCACUUUUCCCAGCAUUGCUCUAGUAAUAGGAUUACUAUCCCUCAGUAUCAAACAGUGCUGAUAAUUUGCACCCUUGUGUUCUUUGAUCAUUUGAUGUGAGCAAGAUUGAUUAUUCCUCCUUGUAAGCUGGCUUGUUUGCGAAUCAACCUUUCGCAGUGUAAAUAUACAAAGUAUGACUUAUUUUAAGCAGUAGUGAAGAAGCUAUGGAUGCCCUCCCAGAUGGAAAAUGAAUUGGAGUGUCUGGAUUCAAAUGACAAUUGUGUCCUGGAUAUGCAACCUUAUCCAUAAAGCAUUGCAAUCCAGUUUCAGUUUCAUGCUAAAUUUCUGUGGGACCAAACUCAUAGGGCAAUAUUUUGUGACCUUCCUCAGUUACAAAAUAUUUUUUGCAGUGGUACAUAAGUUAAUCAAGUUCAACACUCUAACCGCCACAAUAUAUACAAUACUUUAUUAUAAUAAAGACAAUUGCACUCCUUGUUGAGUAAAUCAGGACCUGCAAAUCAUUAUGGUGAGGUUCUCCAAGGAGUGAUUCUCUGAAGCACUACAGAAAUUUAAAUAUCUUCUCCAUGGACCUACUGUCUGAAACACUACAGACAGCAGAGAAGCUAUUCCUCCUUCUCAUAAAAUAUAUAUCUUCUACUAAAGACUACACUCCAACAUCUAGGCAUUUCCUUCUUCCAGAGAAUGAUGAGGUAAGUAGCAUCCGAUUUGUUCAACCUCAGAGGAGACUAGGCCUUGAAAGGUGCUCAUAUUUCAGUUCUGAAAAGACCUCAAAAUGUUUAAUACAGCAGUAAGGUUAAUGCAGACAUGAUUCUUCUAUGAUAAAAAUAGAUUACAUUUAUAGGUAAGAGAAGAUAAUAAUGUGGUGUUUCAAAAUUCUGGAGAUUGGGUUUAAACCCUCAGCUCUUAUCAAAGCAACAUAAUAUUUCAUUGGUUGUUCUUAUAAGCUACAGUUAGCGGUUGAUUCUACUUUCUCAUUAUUGAUUCAGCAUGUAACCAAGAUGGGUCUUUCUUGAGAUGCUCUCUAUGUUCCCUUGCAACUCUAAAAUUCUAUGAGUACUGGGGAGAAUCAAUAGUAUCAGUUGAAUGUUUACUGCUGGCAUCACCCAUUACAUCAUAUUGAGAUAGGAGGGAAACCCCACAUACAAUUGCCUGCAUAUUCCCUCUACCAACAGACUUUCAUUAACUCUGUUCUAAUCUUAGGUGCCACAACACUUCUGCUGGUGUUGCUGAAACAAAAUAACAGAGCUACUUUUCUAGAACUUUUUAAAAGAAAUAUUUCAAAGAAUUAAGAUGGCCAACCAGUCUACAGUGACAGAAUUUCUUCUGAUGGGGUUUUCCAGUGACCCAGAAGAACAAUUUUUUUACUUUGUGAUAUUUCUCUCCAUUUAUUUAAUAGCCUUAGUGGGGAAUUUUCUCAUCAUCAUUGCUGUUGCCCUAAACCACAAGCUACACACUCCUAUGUACUUCUUUUUGGUCAACCUAUCAUUAUCAGACAUUUGCUACAUCUCUACCACAAUCCCCAAAUCCAUAGCUGCUUCUUUGUUGGGUUACAAAAAGAUUUCUUUUGCUGGCUGUGUCGCACAGGUUUUCUUAGUUUUCACUUUUGGAGGUUCUGAGCUUGCCUUGCUCACUAUCAUGGCAUAUGAUCGCUAUGCUGCAAUCUGCCAUCCUCUACAGUAUGAACUAAUCAUGAACAGGGAUGCCUGCAUCCAAAUGGCAGCUGCUUCCUGGAUAAGUAACCUAAUUCAUUCAUCAGUACAUACCAUUAUCACUUUCAGGCUAGAUUUCUGUGGGUCCAAUAUUAUUGGGCAGUAUUUCUGUGAUAUCCCUCAGUUGCUAAAGAUUUCUUGUACUGACACAAAGGUUAAUCAAAUUUUGAUUUUUGCCAUAGGGAUUACAGUAGCUUCAUUUUGUGGAGGGUUCAUCUUUGUUUCCUAUGGCUACAUCUUCUCUGCAGUGUUGAGAAUCCCUUCUUUUCAAGGUAGAUAUAAAGUUUUCUCUACCUGCAUCCCCCACCUGACUGUCUUUUCUUUAUUUAUUAGCACAGAUUUGUUUUCAUAUAUGAGUCCUAAAGCACUUUCUUCUACAACGAUGGAUUUGCUCUCUGCUGUAUUGUAUACGGUUUUGCCACCACUACUGAAUCCCAUUAUUUAUAGCUUUAGGAACAAAGACAUCCAAGAGGCUGUACUGAAAAUACCGAAAAGAAUUAGAAGUCUCCUAGCAUGAUUGCUCAAGUUGUGUCUCAUACACAUCACAUUUCCUGUGCAUUGUAUAAGAAUGCAAAUGUCCGUGAAAAAUUGCAUAAAAAUGCAUUAUAUGGCAUAACAGUGCAUUGCAAAUAGAUGGGUAUUGGGCAAAUUUGCAUAUAAAAUGUGCAUAUUAGAAUCGUUUCACACAGAACAACUUUCAUUUUCAUUAGGACUUUAAGGACUUUAGGAGUUUUCAUUAGGACUUUAAAAAACAAAGAAGCAUGCCAAUAUGUAAAUGUGAGGAACUGGAUCUAAUGCUGAUCCUCCCAACCUGCUAAAUUGGGUUUCUUUUUGAGUGGAGGUGUUAGAAGGGAGGAAGGGUAGAAUAAGUCUUUGCACAAGUAAUGAGGUCUCUAAACCACAUUUGCAUCUGAUACUGAUACCCUCAGUUUCUCGCAUAACUGUGGCCCCUCCUCCUUCACUGUUUUAGAGGUGUGUUAUUCUAGCACCAUACUGACUAGGUCAUGCAUAUACAGGUGCAGGAUGCAUUUUACUGGUAUUUCUUUUUUAACUGAGCUAUGUCAGCUCAGUUCAGUGAGACUCAGAAUACUCAGUGUGUUGAUUAUUAGUAGUAUUAAUUGUUGUUUUGAGUCUGUGUAACACACAAACACACAGACAAGUUUUCUUUGGUUGCUUUAUGUUGGCUUGAGGUUUAGGUGCAAGUUGUGAUGGUCUUUUACCUAGGAUUCUUGGUACAGGAUUCCUGUGUAGGUUCAUUUUGUGGAGGGUUCAUCUUUGUUUCCUAUGGCUACAUCUUCUCUGCUGUGCUGAGAAUCCCUUCUGACAUGACAGCAAAAAAUGGGAAUUUAUUUAAAGACAACUAUGAAAAAUGCUGGGCUGAAGUGAAAAAAGAUUUAGAAAUUUGGUCAAAUUUGAAGCGUUCACUGCUGGGCCGUAUUGCUGCGGUAAAAAUGAAUGUAUUGCCUAGAAUGUUGUUUUUGUUUCAAACACUGCAAAUUGUGGACAAAAUGGACUGUUUCAAGAGGUGGCAGAGAGAUAUUUCUAAAUUUGUCUGGCAGGGCAAGAAGCCUAGAAUAAAAUUUAAAAUAUUAACAGAUGCAAAGGAACGAGGUGGAUUUGCCCUGCCAGACUUUAAACUUUACUAUGAAUCAGCAGCUUUUUGCUGGUUGAAAGAAUGGUUGCUUCUUGAAAACACUGACAUUUUGGAUCUAGAAGGGUUCAGCAAUGUAUUUGGAUGACAUGCAUAUCUGUGGUAUGAUAAGGUCAAAGCACAUAAAGCAUUUAAAAAUCACAUUGUCAGGAAAGCAUUGUUUAAUGUCUGGAUAAGAUACAAGGACUUAUUGGAAAAUAAAACUCCAAGGUGGCUGUCACCGAUGGAAGCAAAAGCUCUGAAAAAGCUCAAUAUGGAGGCCAAAUGGCCGAAAUAUUGGGAAAUUCUGGAACAAGACGGAGAUAGACUGAAAUUGCAGAGUUUUGAGAAAUUAAAAAACAAAGUGCGAGAUUGGCUUCAUUAUUAUCAGAUAAUGGAGGCAUAUAAGUUGGAUAAGAAAAUUGGUUUCCAGGUGGAAAAAUCAAAAUUAGAAACAGAACUAUUAGAACCCAAAACUAAGAUUUUGUCAAAGAUGUAUAACUUGCUGUUGAAAUGGAAUACUCAGGAUGAAAUGGUGAAAUCUGCUAUGAUUAAAUGGGCACAAGAUGUUGGCCAUAACAUAAUGAUGGCUGACUGGGAACAGUUAUGGACCACAGGUAUGAAGUUUACGGCAUGAAAUGCCUUAAGAGAGAAUAUUAUGAAAAUGAUAUACAGGUGGUACAUGACUCCAGUCAAGCUUGCAAAAAUUUAUCAUUUCCCAAUAACAAAUGUUGGAAAUGUAAAGAAAUAGAAGGUACAUUCUUUCACCUUUGGUGGACGUGCCCAAGGAUUAAGGCUUUCUGGGAAAUGAUAUACAAUGAACUGAAAAAAGUAUUUAAAUAUACCUUCUUGAAAAAAACAGAGGCCUUUCUCCUGGGCAUAGUCGGUCAAUUGGUGCCAAAGAAGGAUAGAACUGUUUUCAUGUAUGCCACAACAGCAGCAAGAAUACUCAUUGCAAAGUAUUGGAAGACACAAGAUCUACCCACUCUGGAAGAAUGGCAGAUGAAGUUGAUGGACUAUAUGGAACUGGCAGAAAUGACUGGCAGAAUCCGAGACCAGGGAGAAGAGUCGGUGGAAGAAGAUUGGAAGAAGUUCAAAGAUUAUCUACAGAAAUAUUGUAAAAUUAAUGAAUGUUAGAAUGAUGUUGGAUAGAAAUUAAGUGGUUUCCAGCUGUAAUGCUUUAAGGGAAUAUGAAAAAUGGGUUGUUAAGAGGUAAAAAUCUAACGUUACUAUUUUAAGACCAAAGAUUAGGACAAAUAAAGAAGGUAAGGAUUUGCUGAACCAGCAAACUGAACUGGAAUACAAAAAAGGGAGGUAUGAGGAGGUCCGGGAAACAAGCUAAGGAAAAAUAAGCAAUGGAAAAAUUGAGUGGUUUUUAAUCAUUUUUAUUUUGUUUGUUUUUUUCAUUCUUUAUUGUAAUAUUUUAAAAAUCUUAAUAAAUAUCUUAUAAAAAAAAAAGAGAAUCCCUUCUGUUCAAGGCAGAUAUAAAGUUUUCUCUACCUGCAUCCCCCACCUGACUGUCUUUAUUUAUGAGCACAGCUGUGUUUUAAUACAUGAGACCUAAAACGCUUUCUUCCACAACAAUGGAUUUGCUCUCUGCUGUAUUGUAAAAUGUUUUGCCACCACUACUGAAUCCCGUUAUUUAUAGCUUUAGGAACAAAGUGUUAGAUGUCAGAACACACAAAUUUAGCAAUAGUCACUUAUUGUGUAGGUUGAAGGAUUGCUGUUCUUCAUUGCUUCCACACACAAUAAAUGGAUUAUAUUUUAUCAUAUUUAAGCCUACAGCUAGAUAUAUUGCUCAUUUGCAAGGAAUAUCUUUUAAAAUUCAAUUGCUUCCUGUUUGAGAGUCACUGCUUUUAAUGAUAAUUCCUGUAAAUUCUACUGGGAAUAUGCUAUAGUGUGGACUAAAUAUUCAUCUAAUAAAGCUAGAUAGAUACAUGAUAGAUAGAUGGAUGGAUAGAUAGAUUAGAAUGAAGCUCUUGCUCAGAUUAUGUACUUCCCCUGGCUUCUGCAAUAAAGUUUCCAAAUGCAAUAAUGCUCACAAAACUAACAUUUUGGGUGGAAAUUCAUGGCAAAUAAUUGAAAAAUGUGUAUUUUACAGGAGCAAGGUGUAUAGAAAGUGUACAAAAUGGAUAAAAUUUAGAUGCAAAUAUUUUGUUCAUUUUUUUUUUAAAAAGGUCAGCACAAAAAGAGGAUGGACUUGACUAAACGGUGCAUUUAGUUUUAAAAAUGAAAACUGAAAUGACUGCACCCUCACUCAUUUAAAGGUAAAAGUAAUAAUACUCAACCAAAAGUACAUAUUUUUCACAAGUUUUAUAUUUGCUUUCAUUUUUCACCUCCAUUUUUAUGCACUCUAUCUAAAAUUUGGCAAGUAUGAUGCCCUGAGGAAGAACACCUGAAAAGGCCAUUUGUAUGGAAAACACUUAGGUUGCAGGCAGCAGAAAACAUGAUAGCUCUCCACAAAUACCAAACAAAGAGCUAAUACAUUUUAGAAAAUCACCUAAGCUGUUUUUGAAAAGUGGAAAAGUAGAUAUUUCCUAAUGGCUGCCCUAGUCCUUUUUAGGAUAUGCCACUAACUUUUUCAGACACAAAAUUUUGCAUACUGAAGUAAUGACCGCUCACCGCAUAAAACGGGGGGCGACCUUUGCGUGGACGCACGCAGCCCCUGGAUCUGGAGCGGCUCCAUUCAGCAUAGGCUUGGCUUUGCCUCCCCCAGGUGGGAUCCCGGGAGGUCUCCGCCUACCCCAGUCAGUUGUCCAAUCCCACCUGGGGAAGUGUUGCCAAUGAGAUCAGGCCAGGUGGGGGAGGGAUUACCUGCCCACACAAUAGAGGGAGGAUCUUACCUGGGAAUCCUCACUUGGCUCCAGAGCUUCUCCCACCCUACCCACCCUCAGUUAAUGCCUUAUUUUGCAGGUUAACUUUUCUUCACAGGUAUGCGGGCGCUGCUACGUUAAGGUCGCUGUCAAAGGGCCGAAAAGGAAUUUCCCUGCAUUGGCAGGUUUCGCCUUUCCCGUAGCAAAACGUCACAACUUUGGCAGUAUCAGGCCUUGGGCGGAAUCCUUUUGUCCAUCUUCCUCUUGCAGCGGCGAUACCAGGGUUCCCCGUUAAAGGGGUUUCUGAAGGGAGGCUUUGACCGUACGCCGAAAGGUCGUCAUUGCUCUCCCCUGCGUCGGUGGCGUAACGGGGGCAGCUAUCUCUGCUUGAACAUAUGUUCUCCAGAGCUGGCCCAUCCCCCACACAAACACUGGAUAACCCUGAUGCUCCCUAGGUCCCCGGCUGGGGACUGGGGAGGGAGAACACCCAAUGCCUGAGCCAAGGUCUACCCACAUUUGAAAUUUAAUAAAGUUGUGGCCAAUUUAAUCCCAUAGCACGUUGUCUUGAGCCGUUAUUCCACAUGACGGGGGGGCGCUCGGGACCUGGGGGACUCCACCUGUCCACGCAAAGAGUGGCAACAAGAGAUGAAAUUCUAGGCUCUAUUAUCAAAGAAAAUAUUAAUAAUAAAACAUUGUAAGGUAAAUAGCAUAGCUACCAACCAUCUGAUUUUCACCAGGUUUUGCUCUAUUUUGCUUCUGAAAAGGAAUUCAAGAUGCAAACUAAAAUUGAAUUCUAUUCCACAGAGAACAAAUCUUUAACAGUGUUUAUACUCCUAUUGACUGUACAAUCACUGUGUUUCCAGUGUUAGUUUUUAAUUCAGGUACUUACAAUGUUAUCCAAAAUGCAUAUGUAUUCUGUACCUCUGAAAUAAAAUAUGGGUGUUCAACGUGCAUGCCACCCAAAUUUCUGAGUGGUGCGAGAUUCCAAGGGUUCCAGUUGGUUACCCAGGGUUUUUGUUUCCUCUGAAAUGAGUAGAGACUGUGGUGUCUUUAGGAUAUAUGGUUUAUUUACACAUAUAUACAACCUGAGCCUACAUUGUAAGGUUCACAGCAUGAACACCUCAAGACACUCUUGCUUCUCUCAUAGCUGCAGCUUAGAAUAUAAACAGCAACUGUCUGUGUUUCCAGCUUCCCAGCCUGCUGCUUCCAGUUUUUAGCUCACAUCACUCCACCCUCAACUCUUGCCAUUGUAUUUCUAACUACCAGAAAGUUGAGGAAGGGGCCCUACCCAUUUGUUGACUGGCAGAGAGCCACUCCCUUUUUGUUACCUUACUCCUAGCAUGAUUGCUCAUGUUGUGUCUCACAUACAUCACAAUUUUUUGUGCAAAUUUCUAGUGCCCACUCAUCUCCUGCUGUUCAGAAUGUGUUCUGUUAAACAUUGAAUAAAAAUGCAUCUAACAUUAAAAUUAGUAAUAGUGCUUCGUGAAACGAUGUUUAUUGGGUCUAUGGCAACUGUAGACUGGAUAGCUCAGUGGCUGGAGGAGGGUGCUGAUAAUGCCAAGUUUGCAGGUUCUAUUCCCACAGGGGCAGCAGCAUAUCCCUACAUUGUAAGGGGUUCAACCAGAAGAUUAGCUCAUGUAGACUGGCUAGCUCAGUGGUUAGAACAGUGUGCUGAUAAUGCCAAGUUUGCAGGUUCAUCUCCUGUUUGGGGCAACAACAUAAUCCCACGCUGCAGGGGGUUGGACUAGAUGAACUUCAUGUGGCUGGGAUAGUUCAGUGGUUAGAGUGUGAUGCUGAUAAUACCAAGGUGUGGGCUUCCUGAUCCCCAUAUGGGACAACUCCAUACUUCUGAGUUACAUGCCUUCUUACGCACACUGUGUUUGUUCCCAUGGUCUGUAAUCAAUGAUGGCCUAAUGAAUUAUUAUGCCUAACACCCAUUAUGAGUUGCUAUGAAUGAUGGCAUGUUUGGCCAAUUGAUGAAUGAAGCUUUAGACCAUGUUUAUCGUUAAGAACUUAAUUUGUUCUGGAGGUCUGUUCUUAACCUGAAACUGUUCUUAACCUGAGGUACCACUUUAGCUAAUGGGGCCUCCUGCUGCCACUGCACUGCCACCGCUGGAUUUCUGUUCUCAUCCUGAGGUAAAGUUCUUAACCCACAGUACUACUUCCGGGUUAGCGGAGUGUGUAACCUGAGGUGUCUGUAACCCGAGGUGUCGGUAACCCGGGGUACCACAGUAUCUCACUGGGCAUCCUUUACCUAAAAUAAAUUAAAUUCAAAUGACAACACUUUUGUUUGUAAUUUUAUAUCCAAACUCGAAUUUAUUUAUAUAUGCAACAACAGCAACUAGAACUUUAUAUGCAGAGAAGUGGAAAGAAGAAGGAUUACCAAGGAAGGAGGAUUGGCUUAUGAAACUGAUAGACUAUGAUGAAAUGGUGAAAUUAACUGCCAGACUAAGAUGACAGAAUGACGAAGUGUUUAAGGACGAAUGGACACCAAUCAUGGAUUAUUUGUCUAUGCUGGUAAAUGUUUUUGGAUAUUUUUGGACACACACACACACAUGUACGUAAGCUCUAAUGCACAUGAUGGAAGAGCACACUUCAUAUGAAGGGGUACUUAAGGUCCUUCAGCUGAACACGUAUGGAAGCUCAAAAUAGAAGUUCAUGAUCAGAAAGAAUUUGCCUGUGAUGCAAACAAAUGAGGUGGGAGUGCAAUUAAAAAAGUUGUGAUGUUAUACCAAAUUUAGGUAUGCACUACAAUCCCUAGAUACUAGAAGUCAAUUUUUGGAGCCUUUUUCAUCUUUCUUUUAUCUCCUGCUGUUUUCUUUCCUAUAGUUCAGAAUCCAUGGAAAAACAAAAGGGCUAAAUAAAUUCUUGGUAUAAAAUCUUGUGCCUCAUUGUGCAUCCUUCAGCAAACAUGAAUUAAUUCAAAUUGCACCAACAUGGGAAAAGCACAAACUUCUCUAGAGCAAGGAUUCUCAAGAGAUUUUGCAAUGGUGUCUUUGUUAUCAUAUCUGAAAACAACUAAAUCCGUGAACUGGGGAAUGUAACAUGCUGAUAUUAUAUCAUGUCAGGGAACUGCCAUCGGACGGAAGGGAGGUGAAAGGGCUCACACAGGUUGGGAGAGACGCAGCAGCUGAAGAGGGAACCAACAGGGAGGUGAAAGGGCUCACACAGGUUGGGAGAGACGCAGCAGCUGAAGAGGGAACCAGCAGGGGGAGAGGAGCUGAGCUGGAGGGAUGGCUCAGAGACACUUCCAGCGAAAACAGUGGGGAAGUUUCAGGACCUCCUGUAAGAACACCCACUCCUCGCCGGAAACUGUCACGCAGAGAUUCCAGAAGACGGGUUUCCGUUAAGGAGCUUUUAUGUUGGAAGCGAUUACGAAAGCAACCACUGUCGGAAUCUGCUAGUGACUAGAGUAGCCAUGUCUGAGGGGCCCGUCACAGACAGAGGUUUGUGGACUUGAACAAACUCUGAGGGGAUACGAUUUUACGCACAAGCAGCUCAUCAUCCCAUCACAGCAUUCUGACAGUCUUUGAAAGCAGCUUGUGCAGGAGAAGGCAUCAUGAGCAACCCAGCCGGAACCGGAGAAGCAGGAGCUGGAGCGGGUCCAAGCCUGGAAGAAAGGUACCAGAUGUUGGAGGUCCAGCUAGCGAUGCAGACGGCGAGGCUUGAGGAGAGGAGGGCUCAGGAUGCAGACAAAAGGGGGAAAGCCACCCAGUUUGCCAGAAAGGUACCAGGAUUGGUGCAGAAGUUUGGGGGGGAGCCCAAAAACUAUCAUGGUUUUCGGACAGAAAUGCAAUAUGCCCUCAAUCUGCAGUUUGAUGAAUUCCCUGAUGAGGAAUCACGAGUGGCUUUCGUGAUUGAGCAUCUUGAAAAGGGGGCGAGAGACUGGGUUAGACCCCUGAUGGCAGCUAAUAGUGACGUCUUAAAGGACACGAUGAAGUUCUUUCGCGCCAUGGAUCUGAUGUUUUCCAGCGAUAUUGAAAAGGGAGUGGUGCGCAGACAGUUAAUGGGUUGCAAACAGGGGAGCCGAUCUGUCCGUGAGUACUGGACUGAGUUCACCAUGCUUGUUCACAGAUUGGGGUGGGACUUAUCGGCGGAACCCAUUCAGAUGCUCUUUGAAGAAGGGCUUUCUUCGGCUGUGAAAGACGAACUUUCCCGGGCGCCCAGGGCGGAGUCUAUGGACCAGCUGACCAAAUCAGCGCUGGCCAUAGGAGCGCGCCAGGAGGCGAGAGCAUUGGAGAGGCGGGAAGGGAAAGGGGAACGUUGGAAGGAGUUCCGCAUUCCAGACAUUCCAGAGCCAACUUUCCCACCGGCAGAGCCGAUGGAAAUCGGAACAGCGCGCGCGCGCGCAGUUUCAAAGCCCAGUGAGGGGGCAAAGAAGGAGGGAAAAGGCGCCCGGAAAUGCUAUCUCUGCCAACAGCCAGGUCACUUUGCCAGAGUCUGCCCCCAGAGGAAAGAAUGGCAAGGGAUGGUAGGAGCUGUGGAUGGAAGAGAGGAAAAUAUACCGGAGCAAGUAAAGCCAACGCCUGGCUGCCACUGUCAGGGCACAGCAGCCAGGCCAAAGAGCAGUGAGAGUGCCCACGCCAGAACCUCCUAAACCCGCCCUAGUGAUAGAAGUGACGCUAGAGCUGCCAAACGGACACCCUCUAAAGAUAAAGGCGCUGUUGGACUCAGGCAGCUCCUGCAAUUUCAUGAGCAAAGAGUUUGCAGCUGAACACCAGAUACAGACAAUCCUUUAAGCAGCCCCCUGCAGGUGACCACUAUCGAUGGCAGGGAGCUGUUGGGUGGAGAAGUCAGCUUGCAGACCGUCCCAAUGAUAAUGAAGGUAGCAAGGCACACCGAACUGAUAGCUUUUAAUGUGGCCACCUUGGGAGGAGCUCCCAUUAUAUUGGGGAUGAGCUGGCUAGCGUUACAUGAUCCGCUGGUGGGCUGGCAUCAGAGAGUGGUUUCUUUUGGUUCAGCACAUUGCUUAGAACACUGCAAAGAGGGAAAGGGUUUGGCAGGGGUCCAAGCCACCCUAGCAGGGACUGAAGUAACAGAGAACGUGAAGGUACCACGACAAUAUGCAGAUCUCCGUGACGUCUUCAGCGAAAGGGAAGCUGACCAACUACCCCCGCAUAGACCCUUUGACUGUCAAAUCAACUUACUCCCUGGAGCACAGCUCCCUGUAGGCAAGCUGUACGCCAUGUCAGACAGAGAGAUGCAGGAGUUAAGAGAGUUCAUUGACAAGAACCUGAAGAGAGGGUUCAUCAGAGAGUCCAGGGCGGUGGGGGCAGCCCAGUGUUUUUUGUGGAUAAGAAAAACACGAACAAGCCGAGGCUGGUGUGUGACUUCAGGGCCUUAAAUGCAGUGUCAGAACCAGUAGCCUUCCCUAUGCCCAGGAUUGACGACAUUUUGACAAGGGUGCGGAAGGGAAAGAUUUUCACAAAGCUGGACCUAAGGGGGGCGUACAACCUGGUACGAAUAAGGAAGGGGGAUGAAUGGAAAACCACUAUGUUCACCCCUUUAGGGGCAUUUGAAUAUUUGGUUAUGCCCUUCGGCCUACAAGCAGGCUCCGCAACAUUUCAAUCGUUUAUGAACCACGUCCUGGGGCCUUUGCUUUACAAGAAUUGUGUGGCCUUUUUAGACGACGUGUUGGUGUAUUCUGAGAAUGAGGAGCAGCAUGUGAGAGACGUCAGAGAAGUGUUGAGCAGGCUGCAAGCCAACCAGCUGUGGGUGAAACUGGAGAAGUGUCAGUUUCAUACCAAGGAGGUGGAAUUCCUGGGGUAUCGCCUGUCAGACAAAGGAUUGGCCAUGGAUCCCGGCAAGGUCCAGGCGGUGCUGGAAUGGAAAACACCCAAAACAAAGAAGGAUGUGCAGAGGUUCCUAGGAUUUGGGAACUUCUAUCGUAAGUUCAUCCGAAACUUUGCCCACCUGACGGCGCCCAUUACGGACUGUCUCAGCAGUAAGAAGAAGUUCGUGUGGACUGAGGAGGCGGAGCGAGCAUUUGAGGAACUAAAAAGGGCCUUCGCCUCGGAACAACAACUCCUGCAUGUGGAUUUACAAAACCGAUGAGAGUGGAAACUGACGCAUCAGACAGAGCGAUUGGGGCGGUGCUUCUGCAGCCAGGCAAGAAGGGGUCAGAGUGGAGACCGUGUGCCUUUUUUUUCGCGAAAGCUGAACAAAUCCGAGAGGAACUACACGGUGUAUGACCGAGAAUUACUAGCCAUUCAUGAGGCGUUCCGGAGAUGGAGGCACCUGCUAAUUGGCGCACAACAUAAGGUGCAAGUGUGCACUGACCACAAGAACCUAGAGUAUUGGAGGACGGCACGAGUGCUCAACCAACGGCAAGUGAGAUGGGCCCAGGAGUUCUCCAAAUUUAACUUUGAGAUUAGUUACGUGCCAGGCCCAGAGAACAUUAGGGCGGACGCUCUCUCACGCAAACCUGAAUAUUUGGAAGGGGAGGGGGCACCCGAAGAGAGACAUGUCAUUCCAGAAGACCGCUGGGUGUGUGGGGCGGCAUUGGUGGGACAAAGAGAACUGGUAGAGGAAACAGAGAAUGAUGAAUACGCCCAGAAUAAGCUCAGAGGUCUUAGGGGUGAUGGAGAGGAACCAGGGGGUUUUGAGGAAAGAAAUGGAGCUUUGUAUUACAAAGGGGCACUGUAUAUCCCUGAAGGAGAGUUAAGGGGAGGGUACUCAAGCAGUUGCACGACAGCCCUACGGCGGGGCAUUUUGGACAACACAAAACCAUGUGGUUGGUCACCAGGGAAUUUUGGUGGCCUAAGGUGAGGGAAGAUGUACGUGAGUAUGUAAGAGGGUGCGAGCAAUGCCAGCGAGCCAAAGGGGAAAGGCGGGCGCCGGCGGGGCUAUUAGAACCCUUACCAACCCCAGAACGACCUUGGGAGGCAGUGUCGAUAGAUUUUAUGACUGAUCUGCCGAAGUCCAAAGGGAAAACAGCCAUCAUGGUGGUGGUAGACCUACUAACAAAGAUGUGCCACUUUGUAGCUUGCUCGCAUGCAGUCACGGCGGAAGAGACAGCGAAGUUAUUUGUAGAAAACAUUUUUAGGUUGCACGGGGUGCCAUUGAGGGUGGUCUCAGACCGAGGAAAACAAUUUACUUCCAGGUUCUGGAGGAAGCUCAUGAGCUUACUGCAGGUGGAGGUCAAUUUUUCGACUGCCCGGCACCCUGAAACCAACGGGCAGGCGGAAAGAGCAAACGGUGUCCUCCAGCAAUACCUGAGGUGUUAUGUCAAUGACAGAGAGAAUGACUGGGUAGAAAAGUUGGCGCUGGCGGAAUUUGCCUACAACAAUGCCGAGAAUGUGUCCACAGGGAUGAGCCCCUUCUUGGCUAAUUAUGGGUGUCAUCCCAGGGCUUUCCCAGGGCGAGAGGGGGAGAGAUGGAGCGUCCCGGCAGCCGAGCAUUUUGUGGAAGAAAUGGAAGCAAUCCAUCGUCAGCUCCAACUCAACUUAGAAAGGGCGAAGGAAGAAUACAAGAGGCAGGCAGACAAGAACCGAAGGGAAGGUGAAACCAUAAGGGUGGGAGAUAGGGUGUGGCUGUCAACCCAAGGGCUGCCGUUCAAAGGAGGUUGUAAGAAAUUAAGACCCAGGAGGUUGGGUCCCUUUGAGGUCAUUCAACAGGUCAACCCAGUGGCUUUCAGGCUCCGGUUACCCAACCACAUGAAACUGCACCCAGUAUUUCACAGGUCGUUACUGUCACCGUACGAAGGGGGACGAGAAGGGCUGGCCCCUCGGGGACCGGUCGUAGAAGAAAGAGAAUGCAGCAGCCAUGUGGCAGAAAUCCUCGACGCCAGGUGGAAGGGGGAUCAGGUGGAGUAUUUGGUAGCGUGGGAAGGAGACAGAAAACACUUGGGUAAUGGCUGAAGAUAUCAAUGACGAGGUAUUGAUAGAAACGUUCCAUCAAAGGUUCCCAAGGAAACCUCAGCCUGUGGAGAGGUUCCGGAGGGAAUACUUUGGGACCACUGAUGAAGGGGAGGAGUUGGAAGGAUUCCCGGACUCGGAAGGGGAAGGGGAGAUGGACUCUGAGGAGGAGGUGUACUUCGAGACCAGGAACCGCAACAGGUUGAGAGAAGUGUUCGAGACAUCGGAAGAUGAAGGAAGUUCAUUCCGGGUUUUGCCUCCUCACCGCCCGUAGAGGAGGGGGCGAGAGGGGGUGAAGGGGGCCCUGGAGGGGAGGUGGAUGUCAGGGAACUGCCAUCGGACGGAAGGGAGGUGAAAGGGCUCACACAGGUUGGGAGAGACGCAGCAGCUGAAGAGGGAACCAACAGGGAGGUGAAAGGGCUCACACAGGUUGGGAGAGACGCAGCAGCUGAAGAGGGAACCAGCAGGGGGAGAGGAGCUGAGCUGGAGGGAUGGCUCAGAGACACUUCCAGCGAAAACAGUGGGGAAGUUUCAGGACCUCCUGUAAGAACACCCACUCCUCGCCGGAAACUGUCACGCAGAGAUUCCAGAAGACGGGUUUCCGUUAAGGAGCUUUUAUGUUGGAAGCGAUUACGAAAGCAACCACUGUCGGAAUCUGCUAGUGACUAGAGUAGCCAUGUCUGAGGGGCUCCGUCACAGACAGAGGUUUGUGGACUUGAACAAACUCUGAGGGGAUACGAUUUUACGCACAAGCAGCUCAUCAUCCCAUCACAUAUCAAUGUGCAUGUUUUAGAUUUCUGUUGUCCAUGAAACAUUGCCAUUUCUUUUACUUUACACAUUGUGUACAUUUCAGUGGUAGAAAUGAAUGAAUGAGAUAACCUUAGCAUACAAGGAUUGGGUGAAAAUACACAUAUUGAGGAGUAUCUGGGGCAGAACUGGAUUGGCUAGUUGAGUCUUUCUCCUCCUCAGCUCCCUUUGUGUCCUUCGCUUUCUAGACUAAUCCAACAGCUGCUUAUGUAUGUUAAAGGAACUAGUAGGGAAAUGGACAACAUUUGUUUUGCACAGCAUCAUGGGACUGGUAUGUUCUCCCAAGAGAGAUCUGACAAUUUUUUAUUCCAAUAUACUUGAAGAAAGCUUCCAUUUCCAUGUUUUACAUUACUAAAGUAUUUAGCAAGAAAUAGAAAAGCCUCACUGAGAAUACACAUAAUGCAAUCUUUCCAAAUUUCAACACUUUUGGGUUUUUUUGUUUUAUAUGAAAUUUCAUAUCAGCUUUCUAGAAUGGUGGUUCCUUUACCCCAUCUAGUUAAUUCAGUAUGAUCUCUCUCCCCCCCCCAAUGUUACAUGUUUCAUAAAAUGGUUUGUGUACAUUUGAUGGCAAAAUGGAAGAUUUCUGUAAAAACUGCACCAUUUACAUCAUGUGGCACAUGGCUUAGAAAGUAUAUGUAUGUACCCAGUCUUUGAGGGUGGAUAAAUCAUAUUAGCUGAAAAUAUGUGAGUGUACAUACUAUCCCCAUUAGGCUUCAUGUCAUAUCAGGAUGAAAGAAUACAUCAACAAUUGAUAGUGUGCAUACUUGGUUGUUGAUUUGGAUAGAUGUGUAGUUGUGCACUAGAGCAAUAACUAUGUGAUCUUUUUUUAAAAAAAGAAAGUCCAAAAAUUUAUAAGCGCCACUAACUUAAAAUUAUUUAACUUCUAUUUGCAGAAUGACGGAAAUGAGAGAAAUGGCUAACCAAUCUACUCCAACAGAGUUCCUUCUCAUGGGGUUUUCUGAAACCCGUGAUUUGCAGAUUUUGCAUUCUGCAAUGUUUCUCUUCAUUUACUUAACAGCUUUAGUGGGAAAUUCUCUCAUCAUCACAGCUGUGGCCCUAGACCACCACCUUCACAGCCCGAUGUACUUCUUUUUGAUCAACCUGUCAUUGUUUGAUGUGUGCUCCAUCUCCACCACUGUGCCCAAAUCCAUCGUCAUUUCAUUGACAAACAACAACAUGAUUUCUUUUGCUGGAUGUGUCACACAGGUCUUCUUAGUGGUCACAUUUGUUGGUGGGGAGCUUGCCUUGCUCACUGUUAUGGCUUAUGACCGUUAUGUAGCAAUCUGUCGUCCACUGCAAUAUACCUUAAUCAUGAAUCAGGAUGCCUGUAUCCAAUUGGCAGCUGCUUGCUGGAUAGGCAGCCUGAUCCAUGCAGUACUGGAAACAAGUUUUACUUUCAUACUAAAUUUCUGUGGAACCAAUAUGAUUGGGCAAUAUUUUUGUGACAUUCCUCAAUUGCAAAAGAUUUCUUGCAGUGAUACAAAAGUGAAUCAAAUUCUAAUUCUUGUCCUUGGUUUUUUUCUGGACUCUUUCUUUUUUACCUUCAUCUUUACUUCCUAUGGCUACAUAUUUUCUGCUGUGCUGAGGAUCCCAUCUGUACAAGGCAGAUAUAAAGCUUUUUCUACCUGUACUCCUCACCUGACUAUCUUUUCUUUAUUCAUCAUCACAGCUGUGUUUUCAUACAUGAGACCAAAAGCACUUUCAUCCCCCACAGUGGACUUGGUUUCUGCUGUAUUAUAUACAGUUUUACCACCGGUUUUUAAUCCCAUUAUUUAUAGCCUCAGGAACAAGGACAUCCAGCUGGCAGUCUGGAAAAUACCCAGAAAAUUAAAACAGCUUGUAGCAUGAUUAAUCACUUCCAAAUUCUUUUUUAAAAAAUGUUAAACAUGGAAACACUAAAUGAGAAUCUGAGGUCUGCCACGUAAACUUAGAUAUACCCCUUUAUAUUUUGAAAUAGGACCUUCCUCAAUAUUACGGUAACUAUUCAUCUUUUGUCAUUUCCAUAGAUUUCCAUAGAUUUUAUAUGUGUAAGUUCUAUUAAUUAUUUAUUUAUGGGCCACUAUUACAACUUUGAGAGAAUUCUAGAGCAAUAACUUGCUGUUCUUUAGGUAAAGUUUAGACGCUUAACAGGGGUUCUGUAUUUAAACAAAAAGACAAGAGUUUUUAGGAGUCUAUCCUCGCAGGAGAGCAACAAAUACCAUAGUUACCUGGGGAGAGGGAUUGAUUUUUAAACAAUUCAUGUAUUGUCGAGGUGGGAUAAGAUGCAACAGAAGCAUCCCUGGUUUGCACUCCUCCCCCCAACCACCCACAUACAUGCACCAUGAAUUAACACUCGAACAAGGUUUAUUGGAAAAUGAAGAAAAAUAGGU